CGAUACUUAGGGUUUUAUUGUUCGUCGCGAGGCCUAGAACUAGUGUUCUAGGGAACAUACCGAACUCCGCGGUCUAUCGAAGGAUGGAUCAAUAUCCAAUAGCUCAGAGUGUAUCAAAAGUGUUCAUACUCCAAAUUGAUGCUCCGAUAUUUUUCACUAAUGCUAGCUACUUGAAAGAGAGGAUAUCGCGAUACAUUGAUGAAGAGGAGGAAAGUAUGGUGAGAGCAAAGGGGGAGAAAAUUAGCCUGAAUUAUGUGAUUUUAGACAUGAGUGCUGUGACCAGCAUUGACGCUAGCGGAAUUAACAUGCUCGAGGAUUUAAGGAAGAGUGUUGAGAGAAGAGGGCUUCAGCUUGUGUUAGCUAAUCCCGGGAGUGAAGUGAUGAGGAAGCUGGACAAAUCAAAGGUCCUUGAGAUGAUUGGACGAGAGAUGAUAUUGUUGUGCGCAGUGGAAAUUUAG